AUGGCUGACCCGAAGCACCAUCCUAGCAACAAACAUUGGCAGUGCACAGAAAGGAACCGGACCAAGUUCACGGAGGAGCAGGUGAAAGAGCUGAAGCGCUUGUUCCGGAAGAACCCGUACCCAAGUUCUACCCUUCGGAAAGAGGUGGCCUCAAACAUGGGCUUAGAGCCCACAGUCCUGAAAGUGUGGUUCAAGAACUACAGAGCAAGACUCAGAAAAGCCAAAGACAAUGCUGUUGAGCCGAAGCAGCAAGAAGCUCAGCAUCAGCAGAUCCACGGCAACAGAGCCCUGGAGAGUCCUGAGAGGACUUGCUGCACACACCUCGGGUCUCCCGAGGGCGCCCCUCCUGCACCCCUGGUUUAGACAGGUCAUCUGGUCCCUUCAUUCCAGCUUCGCAAAUGCCCCAAUUUUCAGCCUUCCACAAAUGACUCUCUUGCCCACAACAUUGUCCAUUUUGGUUGCUGCCAAGACUCGAACAUAUACUACCUGGAUCCUAUCUGCAAACCCAAAGCUUUCGUCAAACACAGACUGGACUUCCUGGAGUCCUAA